AUGGUGGAAGGAAUUAAAUGGCGGGUUGGAAAUGGUAGAGACAUUCGGAUAUGGGGUACAACUUGGAUUGCAGGAUCAUCUUCAGGACGGGUUUUGACAGCGAACCAAGAGCAACAGGGUCUGAUGGUUGUGGCAGAUUUAAUGAUUGAGGAUCCCCAACGACGCUGGAAUGAGCAGCUGAUUAAGGCUACUUUUGUAGACUCAGAAGCCCAGGCUAUCAUGAAUACUCCACUAAGCUGGUCAGGGUUGCGGGACAAAUUGAUGUGGAGAUGGUGUCCAAAUGGUUUUUUCACUGUAAAGUCCUUCUACAAGCAAUUGCAGCUGGAAAGCUUGACGAGUGAGCCUGGUACAUCGGUGUCCUAUCCUUGGAAGAAGAUAUGGAAAUUGCAGGUUUCGAACAAGGUUAUAUACUUCAUGUACAGAGCAGUGAAUAAUACUCUCCCAUGCAAGCGUAACUUGGUCCGGCGUGGUGUUAUGUUACAUGAUGGUUGUGUUUCCUGCGAUGCUAUGUUGCCAGAAUCAUUAGACCAUAUUUUUCUGCACUAUGAGUGGGUUCAGAGAGUAUGGUUUGCAGCUUUCAACCUGCGGUCCAGCGCCAUCCCUUCUUUUCGCCUGUGGAUAUCUGAAAUGCUGUUAGGGGAAAAUACAGACCUAGUACAACAGAUAGUGAUGCUGAUAUGGGCAAUAUGGAAACGCCGGAAUGAUUUAACCUUCAAGGACAAGGGUGUGGAGAUUACAGAUUUGAUUAGCAUGGCAAACACGUUUUUGGCAGAUUGGUUAACCGUGGCAAAUACCGGACAGCAAGGGCAUGGAAACCACCAAGACUCAAGACCGUGCGAUAGGGAGGAAGGUUGGAAAAGGCCAGAGGAUGGAAUGCUAAAGAUGAAUGUUGAUGAGGGGUGGUCUGGAGUGGCUGGGCAAGGGCUGGGCAUGGUAAUCAGGGAUCAUCAUGGGGAGUGCAUGUUUGCUGCCACCAAUUUCCUUCGUACACGGCUAGACCCUUUGGUAGCGGAAGCCACAGCGAUUAGGUGGGCAAUGGGUGAAGCUCUAAAGCUGGACAUCAACUCAAUAGUGCUAGAGACGGAUUCCAUGGAAUUUUAUUCUUGUUUCUGGAAUAAAAAACAGAACCUGUUAUUGGAUACUCUCUUGCUGGAUUGCACAAAUAUGGCCUCUCAAUUUAGUUCAUUUAAUUUAGUUCAUGUAAAGAGAGAGGGCAAUAAGGUAGCACACUUGCUAGCUAGUUUAGCAGUAGAUUUUCCCAACAAGUGUUGGUGGGAUAACUUUCCCUCAGCUGUUAACUCGGCUCUAUUAGCGGAUGUAUUUUCUGUUGUUGCUUAUUAA